UCUUGUCCCAGUUGUUGAGGCGCUGGGGUGACAUACACACACAUACCUCUAGUCGACGUGUUCCUUCAGUCCAUUUUCCUAAUGGCUGCUCUAGGUCGCACCAUCAACUUCUCUAAUGGGAAGUCAGUCCCGAUACUUGGUCUAGGGACAUGGAGAUCUAAGCCAGAUGAGGUGACGGCAGCGGUGAAGGACGCCAUCACAGCUGGCUACCGUCACAUUGACUGUGCUCACGUGUACUGCAAUGAACCUGAGGUGGGAGUUGCCAUCGCUGCUGUCAUCAAGGACGGUACUGUCACCAGGGAUGAACUCUUCAUCACCAGCAAGCUGUGGGAUACUUUCCACGCGAAGUCGUCUGUGCUGCCAGCCCUCAGGACCACCCUGGCAAAUCUCGGCCUCGACUACCUUGAUCUCUACCUCAUACACUGCCCCACGGGCUUGAAGGAAGGAGGUGAUCUCUUCCCAGUUGACUCGACUGGGAAGAUAUUCUACAGUGACAUCGAUUACGUGGAAACCUGGAAAGCAAUGGAGGAGUGUGUGAAGUUGGGCCUCGCCAGGUCCAUCGGGGUCUCCAACUUCAACAAGAAACAACUGGAACGUGUUCUUAAGGUGGCCAAGGUCCCCAUUGCUAACAAUCAGAUCGAAGUACACCCCUAUCUGCCCCAAAAUAAACUGAUUGAAUUUUGCAAGAGUAAAGACAUCACUGUUACAGCCUUCAGUCCUCUUGGGUCCCCAGAUAGGCCUUGUGCAAAGCCAGGUGACCCAGUACUGAUGGAGGAGCCUAAGGUCAAGACUCUCGCCCAGAAGUACAAGAAGUCACCAGCACAGAUUCUCAUCCGUUUCCAGAUUGACCGAGGGUUGAUUGUGAUUCCAAAAUCUGUAACCAAGUCUCGCAUCGAAGAAAACUUUCAGAUCUGGGACUUCCAGUUGUCGUCAGAGGACAUAAAACUCUUAGAGAGUCUGGAGUGUAAUGGACGCGUCUGUACCAUUGAUGAGUUGAGUGAUCACCCGUACUACCCAUUCCAUGAUGAGUACUGAUAACCCACGAAGAAAGCUCACAGCUUAAGCAGGUUUUCUGAGUGUCAGUCAUCAGUUAUCUUCCGAACGUCAUUGGCGAUCACCUUGGAACAUUUUCAGAGUACAACAGUGUCACUGAAAAUUGACUCAGGAGUCUAGAACUUACCGUGAAUAUUAUUCGAAUGAUUUCGAACGCAAUCAGAAUUCUGGUGCAAAGGUAACGAGCACUGUCAUGAGCACUGUGUAUGGUAUACACUUUUCAUACAAUAUGUACCGUCUUAUACGUGUUUCAUUGAUCCUAUACUACCACACUAGCUAUAUCUUAAUUACUGAACCGUUUCGCCUUCGCGGCAGGCUUCUUCAGUCGAAUACAGAGACUCCUUAUACAGGAGGCAGAAGAAGUGGGGAGAUAAUUUUUAAUGUGUUCAGAACCCCUCUCCCCCCUUUUUUUUUAGCUGUUCACUCCCGAAGUUUUAAUAGGUGUUCGGUCUCUUAACCUAGAUAAAUGUGUCCUUAUCCUCCAUAGGUGUUCAGUCCCUUGUUAGAAGGUAUUCACUCAACAUAGACACGCUUUCAGUCCUCUAGUCUCGAUAGGUGUUCAACGUUUAGAAUACUGAUAAACGAACAAGAGCCGCUGGGAGAGAUGAAAGGGAGGACAAAACAAGCUCGUCUAUCAAACGCUGCAAGUGACUAAAGAGAAACAGAGAGAGUGAGACUACCGAUGGAACGUGGCACGUCAAAGGUAUCAGUGCCGGGUAGAAUAUCACCAGGAGAAUAAAGAGAAAAUGAAAUUGUGCAAAUUACUCUACAUAUCUCUAAAAAAUUAUUAAUGGCUAGGACAGACGGCUGUAGGGCAGAGACGAUGAUACCAAUAUUCAAGGAAGGUGACAGGAAACUGUGGACUAUAUGGACCUUGGAUGAAGUCUGGUUGUCUCCCAUUACACAUGCUCUAUAUGACCUCUAAGGUUUAAAUAGGUACAAUAAUAAUAGAAUAAUGAUUAUAGAUAUCCGUGUCAAGGAGAAGUGACAUGUUAAUUGCUGGAAAAGAUUACAAGAACAAGACUUGUUAACAUUUAGAAAAACCUGUUGACAAUCUAGUGUUAAAUUUCUCAAAGCACAAUAAUAAUAAUUCAGAAAUGGAAGAGCCUGCUUACCUUAAAUAGAUAUUCGAUAUACUAACAAGUGUCAGAUAGAAAGGAAAGGGAUGGGUGGCCUGCAAAGCCCUCGAUACUACGUCUCAUGGAAAAUGACUUAGCGAACUGGUGAAGCAAACAAGGGUAAAAGGAAAGUUAUUAUCGAGAUAAAGCGAAUACUUCAGCAGAAAAUAUACAGUGACCUCAGGAAUGAAUUGUUAUUAUAUGUGCAACUAGAAGAGUCCAACAAAGAUCACUUUUGGAUCCCUUAGUGUUCCUGGUGCAUAUUAAUGACAGGAUUUUAGGAAUGGAUUCCUCUUUACCUGUAUCCUUCUGUACGCUGCGAGAAUAAUGAAAAUAUAUAAUGCAGAACAUAAAAAUGAAUGUUGUUUUGGGGAGAGGUGUAUGUUUAAAAAAAUAAUGAAUCUGGUACGAAAUGGGAGCCGUCCCAGUUGCUCUUUGCUGGUAACAGUUCUUUUUUUUUUUUUCUUUUCUGAGAAUCUAAAGACAAGUUGAAAAGGCUGAUUUAGGAAGACUAACGUUCUUCAGGAAUGGUUAACUAAUUACUGAAGUUUAAUCUAAAGAAAAACAAGCUUGAGGCUGGUAACUAGAGAAAGAUAAGGAAAAGAGUACGAUAACAGUGUACUCUGGCGAAAAAAAAAAUGGGAACAGUUGAAGAAAAAGUCGUAGGAGCAACCGUAACCUUCAACCGGUUCCCACAUAAUGUACACAAACAUAACAUCAUCAGUACAGGUUUAGCUCGCGAACAUAAUAGCGAGAAGUAAUUUCCAUCAAGUAUUACUAUUAUAAUAAUAACUAAGCGAUAUUUUAACAAAUAGAAAUGGGGGCGGGGGAGAAAUGAUCAUAAUAUACACGACACAGAGGGCACGACAGGGAGGACAGGUUUGAAAGGAAAAAAACAGGAACAAGAGAAAAUUGAUUGUAAAGACAAACGAGACAUAGGAAUUUAAAGACUUUUUCAGUGUGAGAGCGUUUAGAGUAAACAAAUGAUGUGGACGGGGAAGAGAUGGAAGUUGAUUUCACACACAUUUUUAAGUGUAACAAAGAAACAGGGACCCCAGCAACUAGAAAAAACCCUGCAACCACAAACAAGUACAAAUACCUGAGCUCAAGAACGCUCAACCUCCCCCCGAACCCACACACUGAAGCACACUCUACCAGCCAUCUCAAUUUCCUUCGUAUUUGGUGUGGAGGAAGGGACACUGACCCAACACAAAUACGUGACCUGACUGUCUGGUUGUUGUGAAGGCUUGUCCACUUCACACAUUGAUGUCUCUCUCACUCUCUUAGUAAGAUAUUGCAGCAGUCAGGUCUCCAAUUUAAUAUUCCUGUAUUAGUUAAAACACUACGUAAGAUGUUAUCAUCGAUUUGCAAUUAAACAUUGAAAAUGUCGAUGUUAGUUUCACUGUAUUAAAGCAAAAUGUUUACGCCAGUCUGUAAUUAAAAAAUAUUAAACGUGUUAAUUUCAUUGUAUCUCGAUCCAUUUAAGUGUUUAUUUAGUAGCUGGUGUUCAGUGGUUUGCAUAUGACAAGACACAGUAAUUAACAAGCAGAUGUUAAUUACCGUAUCGUGUCAUUUUGGAGCUGCUUGUGUUUUCGUCGUUUUACUCUGUCGUCGCGUUGUUUUUAAAAGAGUCGUGCCAUAUGUGUCGCAUCUUUCAUUGUAAUAGCGUUGAGACAGCAGACUCGCGUGCUUGGGGUUGCCACGUCGUUUCGGAGUUCGGCUUCCCAGCCCUGUCUUCGUCGUGUCGUACAUCACCGCGUCGUGUUGCGGCGGCAGAUUUCCUCUCUUGCAGUCGGGACAAUACCUGGGAGUCACUCCUCACGGGCCCUCCAGCAGUGCUUCAACUUUAAAGUGGAGUGGGCAGUAAUUGUUCAGCGGAGCCCUCCAGCAGUCCUUCAACUUUCCUCAGUGAUCCCAACUCUACCCAGACGUGCAUGGAUGAAAUGAGAAAAAAAUACCCGAAGAAGACCUCGUCUUACCCACCCAUAGGAUUAGGGUCGCGUACACACAAUAGCUAAUAGUUAGGGAUUGAUAAAUAAAAUUUACACUAGAAGGUUUCACUCGAAUUCUUACCCAUAAAAACAGACGCUAAAAACACAAAAAUACGCAAAUACAAAAACACACAAGCACAAAAAAAACAAAAAAAAAAAAAAAAAAAGGAAAAAACAAACACAAAAAUAACAAAAAACAAUGAAUGCGCUACAAGUAGAUUAGAGAGAGUAUCUAUAGGGAAGGUGAAGAGUAAUUGUCCGAGAAGAAACAUCAGAACUAGAGUGUAACAGGCGAGGCUCAGCCAGGAUGGCUCUAGUGCUAAAUUGUCUUCUGGCUAAAUUACUAGGUAAUGACAAGACAAACACUAAUGCGAUAUUGAAAAUAAAAAAAUACCAAUAGUUUAUGUGAAAAUUAUUCUGCAGUUGGAUUCAAAAGAUAAAUAUUACAGU